UGGGCUGUUGGAUUGCACUGGGGGGAGCCGGGAGUAGAUACGGUGUCGGCAGGAAGCCCUUGGCCCUGGGUUUCCUGGGAGGACAGUCAUUAAACAUGGAUUCGGCCACACAGCUGGUAGAACGUUGGGGGCAGGGGCCGGUCCCGGGAGCUGCACCCCCAGCCUUCUCUGUCCAGACUGUGAUCCAUGGCCUUCCCCGCCUAGCUCUGCUCUCCCCCUCCCCUUCCCAGGGCUCCACGCUGGCCAGGAGGAUGAAAGGCCCCAGCUGGGGGCUCCUUGCCACCAGCGCUGGGUCCUAAAAGCUGCCAUCCAGGCUGGGUGAGUGUCCCCUUCCUUCUCUGUCCCUGGCAGCCCUUUGCUUCUCCCACCUUUUCCUUCAGCUCCUGUCUCCUCCCCCAUCUUGUGCCUCUGCCAGCAUCUUCACAUCUUCCCUCUGGGGAGGUACUAAGACCCUAAGCUAAAAUGGUGUGUAUUGUGGAAAGGGGGUUUGUAGGGGGGUUAUAGAGUUGGUGUUUUUUUUAUUAUGGAAAGAAUCUAAAGUAUUUUAAAAAUAAAAUUUACUUGUUUUACAUUUAAUUUAACACAUUACAAAUUAAUGGUCAGCCCCUCAUGCUCUGGCCUCUCACCUUGACUUAAUUCCCACAUUCUUGCUCCUCCCUGCUCAGUGGUCUCUGAGCAUUUCCUCCCACCUCUCACUGGGUUGGCCAAGCCUGAAGUGCCCCUUCUGGCUCUCUGACCAUAUAUUCAUGCCAGUCUUUCAUCCUUGACUCUUACAGCUGCCCGGAUGGCGACCCCAGCCUCAGCCCCAGACACACGGGCUCUAGUGGCAGACUUUGUAGGCUAUAAGCUGAGGCAGAAGGGUUAUGUUUGUGGAGCAGGCCCUGGGGAGGGCCCAGCAGCUGACCCACUGCACCAAGCCAUGCGUGCAGCUGGAGAUGAGUUUGAGACCCGCUUCCGGCGCACCUUCUCUGAUUUGGCAGCCCAGUUGCAUGUGACCCCUGGGUCAGCCCAGCAACGCUUCACCCAGGUCUCUGAUGAACUCUUCCAAGGGGGCCCCAACUGGGGCCGCCUUGUGGCCUUCUUUGUCUUUGGAGCCGCACUGUGUGCUGAGAGUGUCAACAAGGAGAUGGAGCCACUUGUGGGACAAGUGCAAGAGUGGAUGGUGGCCUACCUGGAGACACGGCUGGCCGACUGGAUCCACAGCAGUGGGGGCUGGGCGGAGUUCACAGCUCUAUACGGGGACGGGGCCCUGGAGGAGGCGCGGCGUCUGCGGGAGGGGAACUGGGCCUCAGUGAGGACAGUGCUGACAGGGGCCGUGGCACUGGGGGCCCUGGUAACUGUAGGGGCCUUUUUUGCUAGCAAGUGAGAAAGUCCAGGGCCAGGUGGGGCUAGGUGUAGUUGGGGGACAAGAGAGCAGGAACAGAACAAGAGAAAUGCCCUUGGAAGAAGUGGGUGAAUGGAUGGGCAUGGAAUGGGGAUGGGAAGGGGCAGGGUACUAUGGGAAGGAGCUGUGUGUGCCAGGCAGGCAGUCGGAAGGAUGAGCUGGAGACAUUAGGGGAUGUGUUUGGAAAGCGAGCAGGCCAGGAGAUGGAGGCAUUCCAGGGUUGGGAGGAGGUGGGAGAGAUCAUGCCUAUAGGUAUAGGAACACAAAACUAUAACUAGAGCUUACUUUGUAGCCCUAAAGAAGGAGGAUUUGCAUAAGGGGUUGUGUCUCCAUUGGAUGAGUGAGAUUUGGGGAAAAACACCAAAGGCACAUCCCUUUGGAAUGGAAGCUUGGAGUUCUCAGGUGAUAGGGAGAGGUGGCUGUGAUGUUGGGCUGCUUGGACAUGUGUAUGCAUGUGCACACGUGCUUGUGUGCAUGCUAGGCUGCUUGUCUAACAUGGUGGCGGCCGUAUUCACAGAGAAAACAUUCCCUGUUGAAGUGGCAAGAACAAGGGGCAGCUCUCUGCCCCUCCUCUCAACUCCCUCCUCCCCCUCUCCUUGUCCUGAUGCCUCAAGGCUAUGGGAAAAACACUGUAUCCAGAAGAGGGCUUUGGGCACUUUUCCACAGAAAGUCAUUUGCAGGGCUUUGGAGAUAAGUUUUGUAGCUGGCCCUGUUGCUUCACCGUCCCUAUUCCUUGUGCAUCAUGCACUUGCUGCUGCCUCCUGGGCUCUGACAGAAAACAGGGCCGUGGAGCCUGCAGUGGGGGUGGGUGGGGAGCUGGACCUACCUGCCGCCCUCCUCUCCCACUGGGGCACACUGGUGCCUAAAGUGUUCCCUGUCUCUGGGACCUUCUGUACCCAAACUCAAACUCUAAAUUGGGACUCUAAUUUUCCUUGUGAGUGUGUGGAGGUAAAUGCUGAUCUAGAGUACAGUCUGGGUCUUGCACUGUGUCUCAGUGAGACUGUUGAUGCCUUGAGAGGAACAUUCCAGCUCUGAACCCCAUAGGUGUGAGGGUGACCUAUACUCCGUGACUGGCCUAUUCCGUGUAGUGGGCUUUGGUGCUGCUUUAUCAAGGGCCAGAUAUAUGGGUUCUAGAGUACCUACCAUGACCUAGAAGCAUUUAUAUUUUCUUUGAAGCCACGCUGUUUGCAUGGGUGUUACUUGUCUGUACCUCUGAGUCUGAGGACAUUAACUUUAGAGCUCACAGUCCUCUAGAACAGAUUCCACUUAUAGCUUUUUCUUUUGAGAAAGAAAUGAUUUCACUCCAGAUGCAUGCCCUGAGCCAGACCUCACUGCUGCACUUCCCAAGGUGCUAAAAUUGCUGCUCUCCAAUGCUGACUUCAGACACAGUGCUCUAGAACCCUGCCCUUGAUCCUGAGCACUGAUCAGCUUAGCUAGACCAUGGUUGACUCUUCUUGGGAUUUUCAUUUGGUCCCAAAAUGUGGCAACAUAGUUGUACUCACAAGAAUGUGGGACCAAAAUUGGCCUCAGGUGUUUAGCCCAGACUUUUGCUUUUGAGAGAGGGCUGCACUUUUUAAUGGUAUUUAUAGGGGAGGUGGAAGACUGCAUGUGCCACUUGGUCCAUCGUGAGUAUGCUGAUACCAGAAACUCAGAGCUGGUCUGUGGCAGGCAGUUGGGGUGGGGUGGGGGGUCUCUGACUUGCUCAGGACAAACUAGACCAGUGGUUUUCAGGCUGCUUGGCAGAGCCCUGAGGUUUCCUAGGGGUUGCCUCAGGAGGCCUUGGGGAGGUGAAGGGAGGGGGUGCUGAGCAGGCUGGGCUACUUGUCCUUAAACAGAAUAGCUCCCCUUGUAGCUGUCUUACAUAUCGGGGUUCAGGGUAAGAUUUUAUUUGCAUUAAGGGGUUUGCUGCUGAAAAAAAAAGUUGGAAAACCACUGACUAGACCAUCAGCUCCAAAUUGGAGCCUGUGCUCCCCCAGGUUUGGGGCAGACUCCACCCUCCCCUCUACCACAAGACCACCUAUCCCUGUUAACUCUCCUGGGGGCCUUUAGCAAACAGGAGCAGCAGGGACCGUGGUCAGGUAACUGAAAUGCCCUGCUCUGAGGCCUUCACACCUUGGUAGAAGGAGAAGUUGUUUUCUGAAAGGGUAAAGGGCUUGGAUUCCCAGAAGCAUAGCUUGAAUGGGACCGUAGUGGGCAGUUUUGAUCUGUCCUGUUCUUGAGGGGCAAUGGAAACCCCAGAGACUCUUCUGUCAGGGAAAACUAGAGACUCUUCUAGAGCCAUAUAGUUCCUUGGGAUUAGCUCUUGGCCAGGAAGGCUGAGUAUGGCUCCCAAUUUUUAAAUCUAUUUCAUUUUUUAAAAAAUAAGGGAAAUAAAUCUAAUUGCCAUUUUUCAGAGAUUAAAUAGGUAGAGAGGGUGUUUCUUGCUCUCCAGAGCCCAAAGGGACAUAUAGGGAUUUUGCUUAGGCCAAGGAAGGAGCAGAAGUAGGGCAACUAGGUCCUGCGAUUAUUAAUCCUACUCCCCACUUAUUCUAGGGUAUAUACUAUUUUAGUUUUUUAAAUCAUAAAAUGGCGAGAGAACAGAUUUGGUUAGUUUAGAAGAAAAGAAAAAGCUCUAUAAAUAUAAAUAUAUAUUCCUGUAUUUUUAUUUAAUAAUUUAUAAAUAUCAAGUUCAUUUGACUUUUAUUUUUGUGUAAUAUGUAAUGGUCGUAUUAAAAAAAAAUAAAGCCCAGAAGUUUAAUGAGAAGGACUGAGCAGGGUUUGUGACUUCUACACUCUAUAGCCUGGUGUCAGGACAUUUCUUGAUCUAAUCAUCUCUUCGUGACCUUGUUAAUGGCAAGAAUUAGAGUAACAAGGACUUGGGAAAGUGUUGAGACCAUAAAGAAAAGAAAAUCAGAGUUGUUCCCCAUCUCCUAACCCCUGCCAAAUGCCCAAAGCCAAGAGCUCCAUCUAUGUCAACCCAAAUCUUUUUUUAAUUUUAUUUAUUUAAAAACAGGUUUUUUUAAGUUUAUUUAUUUUUGCGAGAGAAAGACAGAGUGCUAGUGGGGGACGAGCAGAGAGAGGAGAAGAAAGAGAGACACAGAAUCUGAAGCAGGCUCC